AUCGUCGAGGCUGGUAACAGUCAGAUCUCGAUUGAAUCGUGCACAGUCAGGUGUUGAAAAAAGCGGGAGGGAAAGUGAGAGGUUCGCAUGCUGUGUUAUUCAACUCUGACGUGGGUGUCAAACGCGAUUUCGAUUUCAGGAGUAUACAUCCUGCGAAGGGAAAACUACUGUUUGUAAAAUGCAAUCAUUUUCAAUUUUGCAAUACAUUCCCGUUUCGACAAUAAGAUCUUUAAACUCCGUAAAUAUCGUAUUUGGCAAGUACAAUCGACCAACUGUGAUCCAUAAAUACAUCCUUGCUCGUGGGUCACAAACAACUUUGUUUGCAUACAGUUUUGUUUUCGUUUUCGAUAUGGAGUCAUUCUUGGAAUUGUUUGAUCCAGAUAAUAACAAACACAGCCAGAAAGAUACUUGGAAUGAUUCAGAGAAUGAAGGAAAUCGAAUGUCAGACUGUGAAAAUUCAAGUAUUGAUGAUGAUCAGGAGGAAAGACUACCACCAGAACCUGAACAGGGUAAUGUUGAAUAUAAACUAAAGCUAAUAAAUCCAUCUAGUCAACGGUUUGAACAUCUUGUAACACAAAUGAAAUGGCGUCUCAGAGAAGGCCACGGGGAAGCUAUUUAUCAAAUUGGUGUGGAAGAUAAUGGAAAAUUAACAGGCUUAUCAAGAGAAGACAUGAAGGCAUCAUUAAAAACUCUAAAUGAUAUGGCAGCUAGAUUAGGUGCUACAACAAGUAUACUACGUGAAAGACAUGCCAAUUCUAAAAAUAAAGAUAUAACCACACGUCACAAUAAAGAGGAAAGACAGAUAGCAGAAGUUUUAAUAAGAAAGUUAAGGAAAGGGGAUAGAGAGGAUCAAGAUAGUAUUAUUGAUUUGAGACUUGCAGUCACUGGUGCCCAGGAUGCUGGAAAAUCAACUCUCUUAGGAGUAUUAACCCAGGGUGAGCUAGAUAAUGGUAGAGGGAGAGCAAGGCUGAAUAUGUUGCGACACCUUCAUGAGAUAAAAACAGGUCGUACAUCAUCGAUAUCUCACGAAAUUAUAGGUUUUGAUAGCAAAGGGCAUGUUCUAAAUUAUGCGGAAAUGGCAACUGCAGAAGAAAUAUGCGAGCACGCGACGAAAGUUGUUACAUUUAUAGAUUUAGCCGGUCAUCGUAAAUAUUUAAGGACUACGGUACUCGGUCUCACAGGAUAUUCACCUCAUCACGUGAUGUUAGUUGUAGCACCGCCUAUGAAUGAAGCGUCGCAAGAACACAUGGCGUUAUGUCUUACAUUGGGACUUCCAUUUUUUAUAGUUGUAAACAAGAUCGAUCUUGGUUUUUAUAGUAUAUCCGAAACAAUAAAUCAGUUAGAGAACGCCAUUAAUGCACAGGGAUAUUGUAAGCAAUUAAUAAUGUAUAAUAACAGUCAAAUGUCGUGGAAUUAUGAAUCAGAGAUAAUACCAGUUUUCAAUGUGAGUUGCGUUACCGGGGAGGGUUUGGAAGAUUUAACAAAUUUUAUUAAGAAUUUAUCACCAUAUAACGUGAAUUCUGCAGAUUCAGAUCCUGAAUCAUGUCUGUUUCAAAUUGACGAAACUUUCAGAGUAGCAGGUUUGAACGAACCUGUUUUGGGAGGAUUGCUUGUGAGAGGAGCAAUCGCUCCUGGAACUCGAUUGUUGGUAGGCCCUUUACCAGAUGGUGAAUUCAGUCCAGUUAAAGUUGUUAGCUUACAUCGAAACAAGACUCCAUGCUGUUUAGUAAGAGCAUCGCAGAGUGCUAGUCUAACAUUAGCACCGCCAACAAAUCGAAGCCCCCCUUUGCCCCAUCUAAGACCUGGAAUGGUUUUAAUAUCACCAUGGGACCAACCUCAUGCUACACUUUUUUUCCAAGCAACUGUAUUAAUAGUGUACCACGCGACUGCAAUAUAUUCUGGUUUUCAAACAACUGUGCAUAUAGGGAAUGUAAGGCAGACGUGUAUCAUUAAAGGAAUAAUGGAUGCAAAAGACAGAGGUUUACAAACGAACGAUACGGCAUCCGUGUUAUUUAGGUUCGUCAAUCAUCCGGAAUAUUUGCACGUCGGUAUGCGAUUAUUAUUACGAGAGGGUCGUACUAAAGGAAUCGGUAAAAUAACACAGAUAUUUCCACUAAUAGGUCAGCAGAACAGUAUGCAGUAAGUAAAUCAAGUAAAAUUUUACGUGUAAAAAGUAUUAAGGUAUGCAAUACAUUUAUGAAGAUGAUAAGAAAGUUACUGUAAUAUUAGAUGUAAUUAUAUCAUGCGCCUGGCAUAAGUAUUUAAAAAAUACCGAUAAUAUUCGUUAUAAAGCACACAGUGGUUUUGUUUGUUUUCAAUUUUUUUCUUCUGUUUAGUACAAUGAAUGCAUGUACACGAUUAAACCUGCUUUAGUUUAGUUUUCUAUGCUCUUAAAAUAGAGAUGUAUUUUUAUGUGAGAAAGACAAGGAACAGUUGGUCUUGAUAAUAUAAUUUCUGCCCUUUUUGUUUUAAAAAAAUGUGUUGUUCAGUAACGAAAGAAAUAAUAUAGAAUGAACAUUGCCAGAUAAAAAUUAUUGAUUGAUAGCGAAAAAAAAGAAUACUUCUGCUUCAGGUGCAUAAGAGAAAAUAAGUUUAGUUGUAAGAGAGAAAAAUCUUAGAAUCAUAAAAUUUCAUGGACCCUAAAUAGUACCUUUGUUUCAUUAUAGUAUUUAUGAAGUCGCUGACGACUAUGCUUAUUUUGUGAUAUGAAAUAAAAGGUCGUUUUAUGUCAUCCUUUUGUGUGUGACGUUGUAGUUUAAAAAUUCUUUGUGAGAACAAUCAUUAUAAUAAUGCAAUGUUUCUCUAUAAAAUUUCAUUUUGGCUAUGAAUCUAUUUAUUCUGCUAAUAUUUAAGAAACGAAAGACUAAAAAAACGUUAUAGUUGACAAACGCAGAAUAAAAAUUUUCGCAAUAGACUACUAUUGUGAAAUGAUAAGCAUCGAGUGCUGUAUCGUUUUUAAUUCAUAGAACUUUCAGAAAGAAAAUUAUAUUAUAUACUUAUCCAUAUAUGUUAUGUAUAUAGAAAGAAAAAAUGUUUUCUGUCAAAGAAUCAAAAAAUGUUACUUAAGACGGUUGUAUUUGCGCACGUGUCUAAAUUGUAAAUGGUCAAGUCUUCAAGAUUAUAUGAGGUUACAUAUCAUAACACAUGUUAAAAUGUUUUGUAAUCAUAAAUCAUUAUGCAACCGUCCAAAAAAGAUUUUGUUUUAUUUACAUUAAAUCUCAAGUGUAAUGCUGUAUUAUAAACUGUAAAGUAUUUUGAAUAAAGCAGAAAAAUUUACAUGUCUA